AUGUCACAAGGAGAAGACAUUCUGACCAUGUCGUGGGACCAGUUGGGCCCAAUCCUCGAAAAAAAUGUGAAUUCGUCGCUUACCAGCGUCAGAAUUCCAACUAUUGGUAGACUCAUUGAUCUUGUUACUCAAUCAGAAAUUCCAUUGGAAGCUUAUUCCAAGAUUUCUGUAGUAACGCUCCUGACCUACAAUUAUUAUCUGGAUGAUGACUCUAGAAAGCAAGCUCUUCGUGCCUUGGAGACUCUUUUGGAUUCAAAGAUUGAGCUCUUGCCCAAAUAUGUCAAGUAUAUGUUGGACAUAGCCAGCAACACAAACUCCAUGUCAGUCACCGGUAUGAUCACUCUCUUAUCAUGGACAAAUAGCUUUAGUGUUAUUGCCUCAAAGCACGAACAAUUUGAAUCUGUUGCCUCUGACUUGAUUGUCACUCAAGCAUAUUUGUUGGAUAAAAUUGUACUGUACAGUAAGUGUGGUGAAGAUCGUUCAAAGCAUAGAUUAAGAGUUUAUGAUUCUGUAUUAUCAACCACCAAGCUGGCCAUUGCCAAGACCCUCUUGCUGACAACCAAAAUCACUGACGUCGAGAUAAUCAACAUUUACACCGAUGUACUUACCACCAAGAUCACCAACACUAAUGCAUCUCUUUCUCUUUUGGGUGUACUUUCUAAAUGUUUGGAAGAUUUAAUCCCAGUGAAACCAUCAUUGAAUAAACACUUUCAAGAAACACAAACUGAUAAAGUUUUGGAUUAUUUUGGGGUUCAAGUACUCUUAGGGAAAGGUCAAACUUUCACUUAUUCUCUUGAAGUAUUUGGUCAUUUUGUCCAUGAGCACAUCAGUCUUGCUAAAUUCACCGAGAAAAUAUUGCCUAGUUUGGAAAAGGCUAAUUUGAGGUCUCCAGAGUCAACUUUUGGUCUGAUUCUACCAACUUUCUUUGCUCAUUUAGACGUGAAAGAUUGUAAUUUGGCCACAACCUUCUCAUCUUCAAAACUUCUUCUGCAAAUAAUUUCAGCUUUCAAGUCUACUAAGGAUAUCACUAGAGAAGGUGCCUUUUCCACCAGUAAAGUAUUGAUCGUGCAUCUUAAUAACAAUGGUUCUAUUGAACCAUCCUCCACCGUGGUGACAGAGUUAUUCAAAGCCCUUAAACUGGUGUCUAACGCUGAUCAAAAGCUUCUUUUCGCCAAUACCCUUGCUUUGAUCAGACUAGAUGUUACUAUCACUGAACUGAUAUUGACACAACUCUUGCCAUACGUUUCUAAGGACCAAAAUGAAACUUCUUUGGUUGGGUUUGUAUCAGCCUUUGUCUCUCAUUAUCUUAGAUUAGUAUCUUCUGGCAAUAGCUCAAUCGAUGCCAAGAUCAAGCAACAGAUAAUUACUGGCUUAGGUGAUAAGAAAUUGAACUUGCGUAGAAUUUGGUCUACCGUUUUAGGUGAUGAAUUAAUUGUUGGAGGUGAAGGAUUUUCCAUAGUUUCGGAAGAAAUUUAUCCAGCACUUCUUAAGUCAUUGAGUGAAGUUCAAGCUUCUCCAUUACCAGCGAUAACCGGUAAGGGUAUUGCAUCUGCUUACGUGGCAAUUGCCUUGAGAAAUGCUUCUCCUUCAUUCUACUUUGCAUCUGAUCUGGACAAAGCUAUCUUGGUGAAUGCUUUGCAAACUUCCACCGACAAGCCUGCCAUUCUUACUAAUUAUAGAGUAUACACUAAGCUCGUAACUGAAGCUGACCAAGUUUGGUUCUUGAGAGCUUUACAAGCGGCAUUAUCUGAAGUAAAUGAAGAAUCCACCUUAGAAUAUAGUAAGGCUUGGUUAUACUUUGCCACUUCCACAAAUGCGAACUCCACCGUUAGACGUUUAGCACUUCAACUCAUUGGAGAAUCCUAUCAAAAACUUCCAAGCUUCUCUACUGGUCUCAUUUCUGGAAUCUAUGACAUCUUAAGAACAUAUGAACAAGAUUCAAGUAAGGAAGACCCAUUCAAGUACAAACUCGCUCUUUUAUCGCCAGUCAUUUCAUCUAUUACCACUGCUUCAGACGUACUCUCCGAAAACGUUAGACUGCUUUUGAUUGCUUGUAAUCAUGCGAGUGUUCCAGUGAAAAAUGGAUGGACUGGUCUCUGUCAACGUGCUGGCCUCGAUGUUGGGCAGCUCGUCCAAGAACACGCAGACUCUAUUGUCUCUGAGGCUUUGAACGAAUCCGCUUCAAGUGCUAUUUAUGCCGCUUGUAUCAAGUCCUUAGCAUUGGCUGCAUUCAUUCAACCUGAUAUCAUCUCUCCUAAGAUUUCUGAAAUCAUUGGUCAAGACGUUCAAGAAUCUAACCUCAAGUACGACUCCACCCAUAUUGAUAUUUGGAGAGCUGCCGAAGGUGAACUUGUCGUGAAUGUAUUGGACGAUGGAAAGAAACGUCAAGAAGAUAAGAACUCAAGAGACUACGAAACCCGUAAAUGGGAAGAAGAUAUGAGAAAGGAAUUAGCCAGCAAGGGUAAAGCCGUGCAAAAGAAGCUUACUAGAGAAGAGCAACUUUUAGUCAAGGAGCAAUUAGAAAAGGAAUCUACUAUCCGUUCUGAGGUUCAAGCCACUGUUGACAAUUUCACCCGUGCAAUUGAUGUUGUUAACGAGUUAGUUAAUGAUGCAGCAAAGGGUGUAGACAAUGGUGCUAAACAUUGGUUCCCAGUUGCUGUUAACGGUAUGUUAUCUACUUCAUCUAAUUCUAUUGGUGUAUCAUUGCUUGGGGAUGCUGCUGCUAAGCAAUUUAUUCAUCUCUCAGAACUUCUCACCGAUCGUUUAGGUACUAUGAAGACCUUUAUUGGUGUUGCAGUGUUAAGAGUUCACAAGAUUGCCGGUCUCUCUGAAAACUACUUUGAAGAACCUAUUUUGAACUUGCUUUCAAGAAUUUUGUUUAGAGUCAAGUUUCUCUCUGAUCAUAAGGCUUUAGACUCGUUAUCUUUGUCUUAUCUUCUUCCGCUUUUGAACAAGGUUUUAGAAAAUGGUAAGGCUGUCGCCAUCAGAAAUGCAUCCAAGCAAGCAGUCACUUCUGAGUUCGUUGAAGAAGAUGCCGAAGAAGAACAACUUCUUCUUGCUAUGGAAAUCCUUGCUGCCCACGCCGAAGCAUUUGAAGAUGAAUUCAUUCCAAGAACACAUAUUUUGAAGGAAUUAAUUUCUUUGAUGAAGUUGCCAACUAGAGCUAAGCUCGCUAAGGAAUGUUUCUUGUCAAUUUCUCUGAACAUUGCUGUCAGUAUCUCUGAUUCUGAUUUGCAAGUCUUGUUGGAUACUGUUAUUUCUCCAGAGCUUUAUGUGAGGACUGCAGUAUUGGAAUCGUUGGACGCAGAAUUCGACUUACUGGACAUGUCAUACUCUAAUGAACUUUGGAUUGCCGUACACGACAACGAUCCUCAAUGUUCCGAGUUUGCCGCUAGUAUUUGGUCAGAAAGUGGAUUCGAAAUCCCUGCCGACGUAGUUACACAAUUACUUCCAUUCUUCAACAACCAAGAUACUGGUUUGCGUUUGUCCAUUGCCAAUGCGGUUUUCUCAGCUGUUUCCAAGUUAACAAAGAAUGAUACUAUUGUUUUGGAUGACAUCGUUCAAGAACUCAUUGCUCACUACUGGGUUAAGGAACAACCACCUGCACCACUUGUUGAUCAAUUCGGUUUGAUCGUUAAGACUUCUCAAGAACAAAAGGAUACUUGGGAAGAUCGUUCAACUGUGGCACUUGCUUUGAAGACCUUGUCACCACUUUACAAGGAUUCAACUGUGUUGGCUCUUUUUGAAUUUUUGGUUCAAGAUCCAUCUGCUUUAGGUGACAAGGAAGAUUUGGUUCGCCAAGAACUCCAAGACGCUGGUGUUGAAAUCAUCCAAGCUUAUGGUGCUUCAAAUAUUGCUGCCUUGAUUCCACUCUUUGAAGAAUGUCUUUCUGCAAAGGAUACUGGUUCAAGAACUCAAGAUAAGAUUAGACAAUCUGUUAUUAUCUUGUAUGGUGCUUUAGCUCGUCACUUGGAUGCAUCUGAUCCUCGUUUGAAUCUUAUUGUUGAACGUUUAUUGAAGACAUUGGAUACUCCUUCCGAAGAUGUUCAAUACUCUGUUUCAGAAUGUAUUGCUCCAUUAGUUCCAAAGUUCCAAUCAAAGUUACAAACUUACUUCGAUGAAUUGUUUGAAAAGUUGUUUGAUGGUAAGAAGAUGGCUAUUAGACGUGGUGCAGCAUAUGGUCUUGCUGGUUUGGUUAAGGGUGCAGGUAUCAAAUCUUUAUCUACCUUUGACAUUAUCCGUCUGUUGACUGAUGCUGCUGACGACAAGAAGAACUCCCAACGUCGUGAAGGUGUCUCUUAUGCUUUUGAAUGCUUGUCUCAAAGUUUGGGUAAAUUCUUCGAACCUUAUGUGAUUGAAGUCCUUCCAAUUAUCUUAAAAUCCUUAGGUGAUCAAGUUCCUGAAGUUCGUGAAGCUACUGAUUUGGCAGCUCGUCAAAUCAUGAAAAACACUACCAGUUUUGGUGUAAAGCAAUUGAUCCCAGUUGCCAUCGCCAAUUUGGACGAAAUUCAAUGGAGAUCUAAGAAGGGAUCCGUGGAACUUUUAGGUUCCAUGGCUUACUUAGAUCCAACUCAAUUAUCUGCUUCUUUAUCAACCAUUGUUCCAGAAAUUGUUGGUGUCUUGAAUGACACACAUAAGGAAGUUCGUAAGGCCGCUGAUCAAGCCUUGAAGAGAUUUGGUGAAGUCAUCAGAAACCCCGAAAUUCAAGGUGUAGUUCCUGAUCUUCUUAAUGCCAUUGGUGACCCAACUAAGUACACUGACGCUGCGUUGGAUAAAUUGAUUAAGACUCAAUUCGUCCAUUACAUUGAUGGUCCUUCUUUGGCUCUUAUCAUUCAUGUUAUUCACAGAGGUAUGCGUGAUCGUUCUGCUGCCACUAAGCGUAAGGCAUGCCAAAUUGUUGGUAAUAUGGCUUUCUUGGUCGAUGCUAAGGAUCUUAAUCCAUACUUGAAUGAAUUAGUUGCCGAAUUAGAAGUCGCUAUGGUUGACCCAGUUCCAGGAACUCGUUCUACUGCUGCUCGUGCUUUGGGUUCUCUUGUUGAAAAAUUGGGUGAAGAUCAAUUCCCAGAUUUGAUCCCAAGACUCUUAGACACAUUGCAAGACGAAUCUCGUGCUGGUGACAGACUUGGUUCUGCCCAAGCCUUGGCCGAAGUUGUUUGUGGUCUUGGUAUUAGCAAAUUGGAAGAAUUAUUACCAUCUAUUUUAUCCAACGCUGCUUCUCCACGAAACCACAUCAGAGCCGGUUACAUGCCAUUGUUGUUGUUUUUGCCAGUUUGUUUUGGUUCUCAAUUCUCUCCAUACUUGGCUAGAAUCAUUCCACCUAUUUUGAAUGGUUUGGCUGAUGUCGAUGAAGAUAUUCGUGACACUGCAUUGAGAGCUGGUAGACUCAUUGUCAAGAACUACGCCACCAAGGCAGUUGACUUGUUGUUACCAGAAUUGGAACUUGGUUUAUCUGACACAAGUUACCGUAUUCGUCUUUCUUCUGUCGAACUUACUGGAGAUUUGUUGUUCCAAGUCACUGGUAUUACUGGUAAGAACGAAUUAUCUAGCGAAGAAGCCAAGGAAGGUGAAGAAGAUGAAGAAGUUGAACAAAUGCAAUCCAGUGAAAUCAACAAGGCUCUUAUCGAGGCUCUUGGACAAGAACGUCGUGACCGUAUCUUGGCCUUGUUGUUCAUUUGUCGUUCCGAUACCGCAGGUAUUGUUCGUAAUGCCUCCGUUGAUAUCUGGAAGGCAUUGGUGGCCAACACCCCAAGAACUAUCAAGGAAAUUCUUCCAACUCUUACCCAUUUCAUUGUCCGUCGUUUGGCUUCUCCUGAAACUACUCAACGUACUAUCGCUGCUCAAACAUUGGGAGAAAUGGUUCGUCGUGUUGGUGCAAAUGCUUUAGCACAAUUGCUUCCUACAUUGGAAGAGGCAUUGAUCUCUUCAGACACAGACUCCAAGCAAGGUAUUUGUAUCGCACUUACCGAACUUAUCAAGUCCUCUCAACAUGAUGCUCUUGUUGAAUACCAAGACAUCUUUAUUAGAACAAUUCGUGAAGCUCUUACAGACCCAGCUUCUGGUGUUAGAGAAGCUGCUGCUCUGGCAUUUGAAGCUUUACAAGAAGAACUUGGUAAGGUUGUUAUUGAUGAAAUCUUGCCACAUUUGUUGAACUUGUUACAAUCCGAGGGUUCAGAAUCUGAAAAUGCUUUACUUGCACUUCGUGACAUCAUGUCUGCUAAGUCUGACAUUAUUUUCCCAAUCUUGCUUCCAACCUUGUUGUCACCUCCAAUCGAUGCAUUCAAGGCUGGCGCACUUGCCUCUUUGGCUUCUGUCGCUGGUCCUGCUUUGUACAAGCGUUUGUCUCAUGUUAUUAACACCUUGGUACAAGCCAUCAUGGAUGCUAAGAACCAACCAGAGGAACAACAACAACAGAUUAAGGAUGCAUUCGAUAGUGUAUUAUUAGCAAUUGAUGCUGGUGAAGGAUUACACCCAUUAAUGCAACAAUUGAUGUCUCUUGUUAAGCAUGAAGAUUCUGCCAGACGUGCAACUGUUUACGCUCGUUUGGGUAACUUCUUCACCAACACCCUGCUCGAUUACUCUGUAUACACUCAAGACAUGGUCAGUCAAUUUAUUUUGUCCUUGGGUGACAAGUCGCCUGAAGUUGUUCAAGGUACCUUCGAUGCCUUGUCUGCAUUAGUAAAGCAACAACCAAAGGAAUCUUUGGAAAGAUUGGUAAAGCCUGCUCGUCAAGCUCUUGGUUUGACUGGUGUUUUGGGCGAAGAUUUGGCCGGUUUUACUUUGGCCCGUGGUCCAAGCUGUGUCUUGCCUAUCUUCUUGCACGGUUUGAUGUACGGUAACAGUGAACAAAAGGAAUUAUCUGCCCAAGGUAUUGCCGAAGUUAUUGAAAAGACUCCUGCUGCUAACUUGAAACCAUUCGCCACUACUGUCACUGGUCCAUUGAUUCGUGUUAUUGGUGAGAAGGUUUCAUCUGACAUUAAGGCUGCUAUCUUACACGCAUUGACUGUAUUGCUUGCUAAGAUUCCACAAUUCUUGCGUCCAUUCAUUCCUCAAUUGCAAAGAACUUUUGUUAGAUCAUUACUGGAUCAACAAAAUGAAGGUUUACGUUCGAGAGCUGUUGUUGCCCUUGGAACGCUCAUUGAAUUCCAACCAAGAGUUGAUUCCCUCGUCACCGAAUUGGUUUCUGGUGCUAAGGUGGCCACCGAACAAGGUGUUAAAACUUCUAUUUUGAAGGGUAUCCUUGAAGUUGUCAGUAAGGCUGGUAAGAACAUGAGUGAAGGAUCAAAGACUUCCAUCAUGACGUUAGUUGAAGAAGAAAUCACCAAGGUUAACGAUAAGUCUGCCGUUGCAUACGCAAGACUUGUUGGUUCCUUAUCCAAGAUCUUGCUGCUGGAAGAAGCAUCUAACAUCAUAAAGUCUAAAAUUUUGUCUUCCGAAGAUGCUAAGUUUGCUGUCUUAUCAAUUAACUCUUUCUUGAGAGAUGCUCCAUUGCACAUCUUUGAAACCGGUGUUCUUCCAGAAAUUACUGAUUUCAUUGUCGAGUCUGCCUCUUCCGCUGAUCCUUACAUCAGUGAUAAUGCAACUGUUGCCAUUGGUAAGUUAUUGUUAUUGAAGGAUCAAACUAAAUCUCCAGUGGUUAGAAAUCCAGUAGUUUCGGAAACUCCAUUUAACAUUCCUGAAUCACUUAUUGAAAAGCUUAUGAACCAACUUUCUCAAAACAUGUUACAACCAGUUUCCAACUCUCCAGAUUCAAGAAGAUUAGCACUUGUUGUUGUUCGUACUGUUGCUAGAUUCCAAUACGAAUCUGAGACUAAGCCAUUCUUGGAUAUGUUGGCUCCUUCUGUCUUUACCUGUAUCAGAGACCCAAUCAUUCCUAUUAGAUUGGCCGCUGAAAAGGCAUUCUUGGCUAUUUUCAACAUGAUUGAUGACGUUGCAUUAACAGACUUCAACGCCUGGUUCGAAGGAAAGAGUUCAUUCACUAAUGCUAUCGGUGCAACCAUUCAACCAAGAUCUAUUGGUGAUUACACCAAGAGAGUUGGUAGCAGAUUAGCUAGCGUUGAAAGAGAAAGAAUUGAAGCUGGUGGUGACGCCGAAACGAUGUUCUCUGAUAGAUUUGAAGAUGAAACUGAAGUCUGGGCUGUUGGUGGUGUUGAUAAGAAGAAAUAA